AUGGCCGUCUUCAGGCAGCUGUCCCUAGGCUCGAAGGCUGCCCUGGCUGCUGUCACUGUCUUCGUGUCCAUGAUCGUCUCCCGCUCCUUUCUAGCAGAGAGCCUUGAGCUCAGGGCCUGGCGUUGGCUGUUUCGCCUGCAGCUCGCCCUGUUUGUCAAUUCGCUCAUGCUCAUUGGCUCUGUCUACAUCUGGCGUAGCACAGUGAGCAACCUCUGCCACUCCCCAGCCGCGGAGUCAACCUGUUUUCAGCUCUGGAAGGUGGCUGUUCUGGCAUUUCUGGCCCUGGCCCAUUCCAGUUUCUUCACCAUGCUCUUUUUAGUGGCCGAGGAGCCCUAUCUCUUUUCCUUGGCAGCCUACUCCUGCCUGGGUGCUUACAUCAUCAUGGUCUUCUUCCUCUGCAUCCUCAGCGGCAUGGAGCAAGCCUAUCAGCUCUUGGCCUGGCGCAGUGGUAGAGUCGUGGGCAGUCUUGACAAGACAAGGAAGCUGGCGCUCAGGCCCGCCCUGGCAGUAGCAGUGACCACUGUGCUCAGCGUGGCAGGGCUUCUGAAUGCUGCCCAGCCUCCAGCUGUGAAAACUGUGGAGGUGCCCAUCAAUCAGCUGCCCCCCUCUAUGAACAACCUCAAGAUCGUGCUCCUCUCAGACAUCCACUUGGGCCCCACAGUGGGCAGGACAAAGAUGGAGAUGUUUGUGAAGAUGGUGAAUGUACUAGAACCAGACAUCACAGUGAUCGUGGGUGACCUCUCUGAUUCGGAAGCCUCGGUCCUGCGGACAGCUGUUGCUCCUUUGGGCCAGCUUCAUUCACGCCUAGGCACCUACUUCGUCACAGGCAAUCACGAGUACUACACGUCAGAUGUCAGCAACUGGUUUGUGCUGCUGGAAUCCCUGCACGUCCGGCCUCUUCACAAUGAGAACGUGAAGAUUUCUGCCACAGGGACCCAACAUGAUGGUGGUGAAGAUGAUGGCUGGAUCUGCUUGGCCGGGGUGGAUGAUAUUGAAGCAGACAGCCUGCACUACUCUGGCCAUGGCAUGGAUCUUGUCAAGGCCCUGAAGGGCUGCAACCCAGACCACACCAUCAUCUUGCUAGCUCACCAGCCCCUGGCUGCCAAGAGAGCCCUCCAGGCUCGGCCAGACAUUAACCUGAUCCUGUCUGGGCACACGCAUGCUGGGCAAAUCUUCCCCUUGAACGUGGCAGCCUAUCUCCUGAACCCCUUCUUUGCUGGUCUCUAUCAAGUGGCCCAGGCUACAUUUGUAUACGUCAGCCCAGGCACAGCCUACUACGGCAUACCCAUGAGGUUGGGUAGCCGGGCGGAGAUUACGGAGCUCAUCCUGCAGCGGGCUCCCUGA